AUGUCAGACACAGAGGAGCAGGAAUAUGAGGAGGAACAGCAGGAAGAGGAGGCCGCCGAGGAGGAGGAGGAAGCCCCCGAGGAGUCGGAGCCGGUCGCAGAGCGAGAAGAGGAGCGACCCAAACCCAGCAGACCUGUGGUGCCUCCACUGAUCCCGCCAAAGAUCCCCGAGGGAGAGAGAGUUGAUUUCGAUGACAUCCACCGAAAACGCAUGGAGAAGGACCUGUUGGAGCUGCAGACACUCAUCGACGUGCACUUUGAGCAGAGGAAGAAGGAGGAGGAGGAGCUCGUGGGGUUGAAGGAUCGGAUAGAACGUCGAAGAGCAGAGAGAGCAGAGCAGCAGCGGUUCCGGACUGAGAAGGAGAGAGAGCGCCAAGCCAAACUGGCGGAGGAGAAGAUGAGGAAGGAAGAAGAAGAGGCCAAGAAGCGGGCUGAAGACGAUGCCAAAAAAAAGAAGGUCCUCUCCAAUAUGGGGGCCCACUUUGGGGGCUACCUGGUCAAGGCUGAGCAGAAGCGUGGGAAACGCCAGACAGGGCGGGAGAUGAAACAGAGGAUUCUGUCCGAGCGGAAGAAACCCCUGAAUAUCGACCACAUGGGGGAGGAACAGCUCAGGGGUGUUUGCGAGUGGGUAGGGGUCCGUGGGACCCAUGGUCGUCGGCCCCCCUCGUGCAGGGAGAAGGCCCGUGAGCUGUCCGACUGGAUUCACCAGCUGGAGUCGGAGAAGUUUGACCUCACAGAGAAACUUCGGCAGCAGAAAUAUGAGAUCAAUGUUCUCUACAACCGAAUCAGCCACGCCCAGAAGUUCAGGAAGGGGGCCGGCAAGGGCCGUGUUGGUGGCCGCUGGAAGUGA